UGUGACCAUAAUGCUUAACAUUUAAAGAGAACUCGGUGUGAAUAAGUGAACUGAAAUAGCGUCUGAGAGAUUCUCUACCAUAAAUUGCAGAAUACGGUGUAGAUGUUAAGGACUAGGUAACGUGGCGGAUUGAUAUGUGUAGCCACACGUCAUGUCCAUAUGUGGCAGUGCAGGAAACUUUUCGCUGUGAACUUUAGUAACUGCUGUUUUUUUUUUCUAGAAAUCAGUGUUCUCGAUUAUUUAUGAGUAAUUUCUUUACGUAUAAUAUAAUUUCCUGUUUUAGGUCGUGCUUUUGUGUUAGAAACUUGUCCGGUCGUGCACGCUAUAAAACAGGGUGUUAAGUGAGUGUAGCUAAUGCUAAGUGAUUAGUUAGCUCUGCUCGGUGGCCUGAACUCCAGCGCUCUGACAGAGACAAGGAGAAAGAUCAGGCUUUGUUUAUGUUCUUCUGGUUUCAUUUGAUAUAUUAUUGUGGUGUUGGAUGCGGAAAUGACUCGGAAAAAGUAAUGGACCGAACAGCCCAGGAUUGAAGGCUGCUCAUCUCCAGCUCUUCAGCGGAAACUAGCUGAGGAAUAUCCGCGUUCAAGCUGCGGGACAGCGGGUAGAUGGAGCUCUUGCCGCCCGGGAAUCAGCUCAGUGUGAGCGGCUCCGAUGCAGACUCGGACACGGCGGAGGAGGAGGAGCCGGGCUGCGUGGAGAGAGGCGCCCGGCAGCGGCGGAGAACAGAGCGGGAAACCGGCGCCUCAGCCCCGGCCAUAGCUCGCACCAUGGUCGGAGGAGUAGCGGGGGCUAAACCGGGCAAAAAGACCCGCGGUAGAGUCAAAAUUAAAAUGGAGUUCAUUGACAACAAACUGAGACGUUAUACCACUUUCAGUAAAAGAAAGACCGGCAUCAUGAAGAAGGCAUAUGAGCUGUCCACCCUCACCGGGACUCAGGUGUUGUUGUUGGUGGCGAGUGAGACGGGUCACGUGUACACAUUUGCAACACGGAAGCUGCAGCCGAUGAUCACGAGUGAGACGGGUAAGGCGCUGAUCCAGACAUGUUUGAACUCUCCUGACUCGCCACGCUCUGACUCAGCCGCUGAUCAGCGGAUGAGCGCCACGGGCUUCGAAGAGACCGACAUCACCUAUCAGGUCACGGAGAGCGACGGCAGCACAGAGGAGAAGGAAGUGAUGAAGUCUGCAGGAUCUGGUGUAAUGAGCAGCACUGCGCAGGUUCUGUCCUCGACUUCUGUUCAGUCAGAGAGCAGCAGCACCCCGUUCCCUGCUGCCACCUGCUGGUCGGUGUCUAACGGUACACUGGUGAAGACUUCUACCUCUGCAGCUGGAGUGCUGCAGCUCCCUGCUGGAUUCACACUCGUGCCUGGUGCAGCAGUGUCUCAGCAGCUUCAGUCAACAGAGAGCAGUGAAGUACAGAAUUUCUGCAGCACAGUUGGAAGUCACUCUGCAGUGAUGGCGACCUCGAUAUCGGGACAUGUGAUCUGCCCAAGCGCAGUGAUGUAUGCUAACUCAGCCUCUACGUUAACGGAUCACGCACUCGCACCUGAUGCACUUCCUCCGAUGUUCCUCACAUCUCCUAAUGGAACAGUUCAGAUUCCUCUCUCUGCUGUGCCACUCCAUUCGAUGUUGAUAAAUCAGCAGAACUCCAGCAGCACACGCACUCUGACAGAGUUACGUGGAGUCAACAUGGACAGUUCUAAAACAGAGUGACGCACACUUCAAGUGUUUUCAAUGAAGCACAGUUUAAAAUUUUUUAUUUUUUUUUAAUUAUUUUUCUUUUCUGGCUUUGACAACUCCAUUCUUCUUUGUACUGUUUCUUCAGUUCUGUUACACGUGUGAUCACACACACUCAAAUAUACACACUGCACAUUACACACCCGUUUAAAAAUAUAUAUAUAUUUUCUUAAAUAAACUUCAGACUGAUAUCCGAACUAUUUAGUGAGGAGCAUGUCCCUGCCCUGCAGCCCCCUCCUCCAAAUGUCACUUCACUACAGCAGUGUGAAAGAUGAUGGACUUUUUCUGGAGUGUUCAAUCACUGUGAUUACCAGUGUGUUUCUACACAUUACUAGCAUGAACACAAUGUCAUGCAGAUAUUAACAGUCACAAGACCUUUCUUCUGUGCUUGUAUGAACUGGCAGUCAGAUCCGACUUAGGCAUGAAGUUUCAUCAGACUGAAACGGAGAUGUGAGACAGAACAUAGCAUGCAGAGAUUUAUUUAUCCAUCUGUGUCAUUACUGUAACUUUUUACACUUUAAGUGUACACUGUACAGUUUACACAGGGCAGUGUGGUUAUGAUUGUGGUGUAGAGUUUUAAAUAAAUGUCAUGCUGUACAAAGUGGAAGUGGGAGUGCAUGGGUGGUGAGCUUUCACUUCAUUUAAGAGUGCAAAUGGAGCAUAAUCGAAGCUGGGUGUUUGUGCAUGUUUAAUUGAGGUGUAAAAUCGAAACUCGUGUUAAAAUGCAAGUAAAUCUAUUUUGUGAGGCUUGUUUCUGAGAGUCAUGUGGUGUAGGUCGGCUUUUACUGCGACUGGAAAUGUGGAACUUUUACUGGUUAAACCAGUAAGAUACAGUACCACUGUAUCCUGUGUUUGUUUCUGUAAAGCUGCUUUGAAACAACUUCCAUUGUUAAAAGGGCUAUGCAAAUAAAACUGAACUGAAUUUACUGAUUAAAACAAAAAUUAUGCUUUUGAGAAAGUAGAAAAAAAAGUCAAGUCUUUGUUUAGGAAUGUUAAUAUUAAAUAUAUUAAUUUAACUAAUAAAAUGACCACAGCAAUGAUGUGAGUGAGCGUGGACUGAGCAGCUGUUGCUGGUGGAUGUUGUUUAGCGUUUGUUUGUACCUGUGGACUGUAAAUGAGCUCAGGGCAUGUUUCAGGUCCGAUACUUACGCUGUAUAUUCUGCACUAUUCUGAUUUAUAAAGUAAGUUGUUGCAUCGUGUGACGUGCCAAUGAUGUUCGUAUACUGUGUUACAUGCUGCAUUUAGCUGGAGUGCAGCGUUCGUGCCACUCCGAACCUACAGCAUAUUUUGCAGUUGUUUAAAACGUCAUCACUUCAGCGGCUCACUUUGUCAUCUGAUCCUGUUUUCAUUCCUAUGUUAUCCACACACUUGAUAGAUUUCUAAAUAAUCUGGAGACCCAGGUGGUAGAGUUGUGUGGGUGGGUGGACAUGAACAGGAUGUGGAUGGUUUACACACUUAAACUGUUUUAUACCAAGGAUGAUUUUUAAAAAAAUAAUAUAUAUAUUUUUUU